GGGGCGGAGCUUCCGGGGUGAGCGGGCUCCUGUCCUGAGUGCCGCCUUCGUGGUGCGGAGAGAGGCGAGAGAGCCCCCGCCGCCUCGGGAGCAGGUGAGCGCUUCUCUCUGCAGGCCUGCGGAACCCCCUGCGACGGGAGGGGGGAGGCCUGGAGGAGCCAUGGUGCAAGUUGUGGUUUCCAGAGAGGGGCCUGGAAGCCUGCCCGAGUGGGUGCUGAUGGAACUCCAAGGCGAGUUAGAGUCGCGCUGCGGGACGGGCCUAGCUGGGAAGCUCCUGGGGGACCUGCAUUACACCAAGGAGGGAGUGCCUGUGCUCAUUGUGGGCCAUCACAUCCUGUACGGGAAGGUGGUCCUGCUGGAGAAACCCUUUGCCGUCUUGGCCAAGCAGGCUGCCGGGGAGUUGGGCUCGGCCCCACACUACGGAGUGGCUGCCCUCAUCAAGAAGAAGCUGCUCUUCAAGACCCGCCCCAAGCCCAUCAUUACCAGUGUGGCCAAGAGGGCCUGAGCGAGCGCCUGACCCGCUGGCAGGAGAGCUUCUGCCUCGGAGCACACCAGGAGAGAGAGAGAGAGGACCCUGCCCCCUCGCCAGAGGAGAAGCAUCUGCAGAGCCCAUGGAGACAAAUCCAGCCCUCUUGGCCAGCUUCUUUGGAACCCAGAUCCUUUGCCUUGGUGAAGUGGCCCACGGAGGGGAGGCCAGUCCUUGGGAGGUGGGGUCAGCUGGCAUCUGCCUGGCCCCUUGGGACUAUGGCCAGGGAGAGCACCUGGCAUCUCUGCCUACAGUGCCUACACAGCCAGCACCUUUCCCAAGGAUGACGGGGUGGGAGCCCAUGUCCUGCCUUUGUCCAGUAGAGCAGGAUUCAGAGCAGCAUCUUUUUGAGGAUGCCAACGAAGCCCGGCACGUGAGACCAGGGAACAAGCAGGCGGGACAUGGGCUUUAAGAGUGCCAAAUACAAGUUAGAUCCCAGUUCCGGGGACAUUCUGGGUUGGGGGGCGGGGAUUGUUCUCAGAUUCGUUCCUCUGCCAAGAGCUUGUGAUGCCAUGAAGCCCACCCUGCCUCUGUUCCCACCAACUAUCUCCGCAAGCCAGAACCUCAGAGGCCUCAUUCUGGCAGGUCCUGGAAUGGUGCUGGCCACUCAAUCCCCCCUUCUGACUUCCUGACGCCAGGCUAGAGGUGCUCAGCGCUCUUUCUUGGGCCCGGCCCCUGUGCCUUUGCCUGCAGACUGCCCAGCCAGAAUGCCAAAGAGCUGCCCGGCUGGGCUCUUCUGCAUCCAACAAAGGAGCUUUUCCACGCCUUCAGGAAAGACCAGGGCGAGGGCAACGGGAGUCCUGCUGUGGGUGUCUGCCUGGCCUCCCCGGACCCAUUUCUUUGCCCCAGAACUGACGGCUGCGUCUUGUGCCUCUACCUGCCCCCUUUCCUGGCAGCACAAGUAGCUUGGGGUGCCCAUAGUGGGAGGAGGCAGCAAAGAGACCCCAUACAUACCCUCGGCCUGUUCACAAGGUAUUUUUAUUAUUGUUGUUAAUGUUGUUUGUUACAAACUCAUUGUUGUAAAAAAACCCAAACCUUGACCUUUUUAAAAAAUACGAAAAUGCAGGUAAAAAAUAAAUACGCUUACAAAUAA